CACCACAAGCACCCCUCCAUACUUUUCAGCCCUUCCUGGGCACAGCAUGAGCGCAAGACCACCAGCAGCAACAACAGAAGAGAGCUCGGCAUAGCUUUCUUGGUACUUUGCAAAUACACUACGCGUGUGAAUUGAUAAAGGUAUCAUCGUGUACAGGUACUGUGCUCGAGUAUCCCAUUAUAUUGCUCUGAACCCACAUACCAGUAUCAAUCUAUCUGUCUGGCAUUGCUUUGUAUCCUGCCCAAACCGUCUUCUUUACUGGCCCGAAUCGGUAGGUUUAUCUUCGUCCAUUUUCACCUUGGGAGAUGCGGAUGUGAAAAAGAAAAAAAAAGGGAAAAAUAUUAAUAAAAAUAUACCACACACUCCCUCUUCCGCCCUUAUCCCCCCUCCAACCCCCUCCUCCUCCACCUCUACGGAAGGCAUUCGCCCCCCUUCAGGUCCUAACGAGGCGACUUCCUAUUCAAAAUCAGCUUAACCAUUUCAUCCAGAUUGUCAAUUUUUCGCCUCUAUCCAGUGCGUCCCAUUAAUCUACGCGCAGGAACUUUUGCUGCAGGUAGAUCACGGGUACUACACGACUAGAGUGAGAGAAAGGUGGGGAAUCUCAGGACCUUCUAACCAACUGUGACCUUUCUCCCGGUUCCGCUCCCGCUCUCGAAUCGGCUGCUCCCUAAUUUUUUUUUGUCCAUCUGCUGUACAAUUGCGCAUCCUUUUUUCUCCCGAUUUGCCGUUUCCUACGCUUCGUGACGAGAAAAAGAAAAAAAAGAAAAGGGGGAGAGGGAAAGAGAUAUAUAUAUAUUGUUUAUUGUCGGGCGAGUCGUUCUCUAGGAUCGCAUCAAUAUACUCACGAUAUCCACCGCGUUUGCUGUCUAUGUUAAGUCAACAGACACAAAUCGAUUCUGUCCCGCGGCGACUAUUUCCCCAGCAAGCAGUGAGCAUGCAGCAAAGUAUCAAUCUUUCGCCGACCGAUUUGGGCGGGGCAAGGGAGAACCAUCGGAAUUAUGUAUUUGUUGAUGAACACAACCGCCACAAGAGGCUCAAGGUUAUGCGGGCGUGCGGGGGAUGUCGACGCCGCAAGAUCAAGUGCGAUGCUGCAACAACGAAUACCUGGCCAUGCUCGGCCUGCGUCCGCCUUAAGCUUCAUUGCGUGCCCCCUAUGGUACAGUAUGAUGGUGACUUUGCGCCAAGCCAACCACCGGAACAAGAUGGAAACGGGGAAUUUGACAACUCGAGCGGGAGUGGUGAAGAGGAGAUGAUUCCGGGGCAUCUCGUAGCCAGGAAGCAGAGCAGGAGUGCAUUGAACUAUCCCCCUAGAGAUAGCCAUGGUCCUUAUCGAAACAUUUCACCACCCGAGCAACAUCACGGCACUUCUCAUGGUGCCCCCCCUACCAUUGCUUUCACAGGUAUUCAUUCUGGGGAAGGCAUAGAGCCACCGCUUUCGGGGAUGCAUUUCCCCGCCCCUGUCUACCAAACACAAGCGGUGAUGCGAUCUCAGGAGCAAUGGCCAGGAGACACUGAAUAUGUAUCCACUGCACAUGUGAGCGGGGUCCUUGGACAACUCAAAAUAGACGAUAGUGGUGUCGCAAACUACAUUUCUGCUCAAGGUCGAAGGCUAGCCGAGACUCCUGCGUACGAGCCAUGGACGGAGGAGAUAGAACCUAACCCAUCGUUCCUACCUGUACAACAUGAUUUCGCGGUUAGAAUUCACCAGGAGGAUAUGCCAACAGAAGAUGAAGCACAGGAAAUGUUCGGCAUCUUUUUCAAUCACAUACAUCCUUACAUACCUAUUGUGAAUAAGGCAGCCUUCUACCGGCAAUGGAACACUUCCCGCGACUCGAUAUCCCCGCUACUAUUAGAAACGAUUUUUGCUUGUGCUGGGCGACUGACAACGGAUCCUUCAAAAGGGCUAAAAUGGAUGGGCAUGGCAACUAGACAUGUUGAUUGCUUUCUUGAUGUGCCGCGUUUGAGCACGGUGCAAGCAUUAUUGCUACUGUUAAAGGCACGAGAGUCUGCGCCGCAGAGGGGCUACUUUUUCCGUUCAUGGAUGAGCGUCGUGAGCAUUAUUGCGAUGGCCCGCGACCUUGGUUUGGAUAAACACUACGAGCUGCACAAACAGGGUGUUGGGUGCGGCGAGGGCCCUUUAGAUUGCAUGACACGAACCAGGGUUUGGCAAGCAUGUUUCGUAUACGAGCUCAUGAUUUGUGCCCCGCAAGGGCGCGACAUAAUGCAGUGCAACCCGGAUAGCAUCGAUUUACAGACCCCAAUCGUGUCUCCUGAUUGUGAUGAAAGUGAGGUCGCUAUUUGUGAGAGUUUUAUCUACUUUGUUUGGCUUGUCAAGAACAUCCGAAGGAUGAAUGACGUUCACGCUAAACUGAAGUCAACACCGAACUGGAGAAAUGACCCCCAGUUCUUAGAACUCUGGGUCCGGCUCGAUGUGUGGGCUUAUAAACUUCCAGCAAAAUUACGGGUUAAUGUUUCGACGGAACUUGGCACAUCCGGGCCCUCAGGUGGACUCACAUUUUCCGGGAAAAUCUCCAAAAUACGUUCUCGCUGGCGGGUGAAUGGAAAACCCCAUAUGACAAUAUGCACGAACUCAGCAAAGUCUAUAUGUAGGUUGGAGGAAACUGUCUUUGAGCAAUACGGGAUGUUGGGAUUACAGUGCAUGUUGAGGGGCGUAAACUUCACUAUCUAUACAUUGCUCACUUGCGCAAUGAUACAUUUGAUUGCCGCUACAUGCCCUGAUCCAGAAUUUAAUCAUGAUGCAAAGGAGUACUUUACGAGAACCAUGCGGAUAUUAGAAAACUGUAUUGACAAUUCAGCCUCAUCUGAAGUGAAAGGACAAAUCGAAACCCUACGUGAGGCGUUCUCACUCGACGUCAACCGGCCUUUCGUUCUCAACCCAAAUUUCCCCUUCUAUCCUGGGGUCUCGGGACCUGUUGAUCCGAGCAUUACCCGUGCUUACACCCAAGGAGAAAGUUCAACUCUCGCAACGGGCCCAGUCAAUUACCCCACUCAUCCUCUAUCACCGCCACAUUCAGCAGGAGGUUCGGAACCAAAAGGAGAGUCACCAGCAGCCGUACAAUCUUUGGUUAUGUUAGCAGCGGGCCAAGGAGCACAGAACUCAACUCCGAUCGUAGAUACGUUGGCAUGGAACCCUUCGCGAUUAUUCGACAACUGGAAUGCGGCAUUUGGGGUUAAUGGGACGGUAUCAGCUGCAAUGCCACAAGCGCAGAUGGCAGCUCAUGAGAGCGGACUUGUGGAUCCGCUAGGCGGUGGGCGCCCACCUUCAUCAAGCUCUUAUGUUCCUACAACUGUAGGAGUUUCGCACUCAUUCGUGUCCCCCGGCAUGUGGCAAGACUCUGUUGCCGCUGCCGCUGUGUUUAGCGAUUCUCACAAACGACCAUUCCCAUUCGGUGGAGAAACCGUCUGGCAUCCUUCGCCGUCCACAGAUCGAGACCCCGUAUCCCCGCCAACUUUGCACGCUGAUGCUGGAAGGAACAGUCGUUAGUGGAGGGGGGGGUGGGAGAGGGGACAUGAUGGCUAUGGAUGAUACUCAAGUAUGUCAUACUUGAAUAUCAUACAGGCUUGGAUCGGCGACAGGAGUUCUCCCGUUUUGAUCGGUAGGGGCCACGGGGUCCGGCAAGGGCAGUUACACGGGUGGUAUGAGUUAAGUUAGAUCUUGUAUCGCGAUUUUAUUUUAUUUCUCUUUGAUGAUCGCUGAGGGCAAAGAAUAAUUCCCGCUCUCUUGGUGCUAUUUUGGGCUGAUCUCGUCCGAUCCGCUUUACUGCGGGUUGGACCCACUGACUCUUUCUUGACCUUUUCUUCAUAUUCAUUUGAUAUCUGGAGGCUUACCGGUAUGGAUCGUAGAUAUAUUUGUAUAGUUCGCCAUUUUCUUUUCUUUCACUCCUCAACCCGCGUCUAUCUCUUUCACUCUAUACCAUUUUCUUAAUUCGCACCCCUUCCAAGCUUCUCUCAUCAUAUCAAUCUUUACCUUUGUUUAUUUCAUUUCACUUGCUAGGGACACGGUUAGGGUCAGGUUUUCUCACCAUCAUAUUUGUUGCACUUUCCCCCACCUUCCGUUUUAUUAUAUACCAUUCGAUAAUAUCAUUAUCAUUUACCAAUAACAUUAAAUCUCUUCACAUUCAGCUUUGUUUUUUAUAUUUUUUUAUAUUUAUAUUUUUUUGGGGGGGUGGGGUGGUGAAAAAAGGAGAAGAAAAAAAUCUGUCCAAAU